AUGGUUCGGUCAUCGGCACUCGUCGCCGGCGCUGCUCUGCUCUUGGGAGUAGCAGAUGCCUACUACCAUAACAAGCGACAGACUGGUAAUGAGAGCCCUACUGUUGUCAUUCCAGGAGCAUCUUCUUACAAUGGCCUGAACCUCGUCCCUCAAAUGGGAUGGAAUAACUGGAAUGCCUUUCACUGCGAUGUAAACGAGAGCUUGCUACUCACCACUGCGCAAGACAUGGUUGACUACGGUCUCCGCGAUCUUGGCUACAAUCACAUCGUUCUUGACGACUGCUGGGCUGUUGGACGCAAUGAGAGCGGCUACUUGGUCGCUGACAGCUACAAGUUCCCCAGCGGCAUGCAGUCCAUCGUCGACCAAAUCCACGCUCUAGGCUUCAAGUUCGGCAUUUACUCAUCCGCCGGUGUGCUCACCUGCGGCCGCUUCCCUGGCUCUCUAGGCUAUGAGAAGCAAGACGCAGACCUAUGGGCCUCCUGGGGCGUCGACUACCUCAAGUACGACAACUGCUUCAACCAAGGACAAUCCGGGACUCCCAAGCUCUCCUUCGACCGCUACAAAGUCAUGUCUGACGCGCUCAACGCCACCGGCCGCGAAAUGGUCUACGCAAUGUGCAACUGGGGCAACGAUGACCCAUUCGACUGGGCGUACAGAAUCGCAAACUCCGGCCGCAUGAGCGGUGACAUUUACGAUAGUUUCAACCGCCCUGAUGACCGCUGCCCUUGCACAGAGGCAGUGGGAUGCCCGUGGCCCGGCUUCCACUGCUCCGUCAUGAACAUCCUCAACAAGAUGCCCGCGAUAACUUCGCGCACCAUGUCCGGCUACUUCAACGACAUGGACAUGCUCGAGAUUGGCAAUGGCGGGCAAUCCGACUCGGAGUACGUAGUCCACUUCAGCAUGUGGGCCAUCAAUUCGUCCCCCAUGCUCAUCGGCACAAACGUCGGCACCUUGUCUCCCGCCAACCUGGCCAUCUACUCCAACCCUGCCAUUCUAGCUAUCAACCAGGAUCGUUCUGCGGGCGCAGCGAAGCGUGUCUGGCGCUACCUCGAGGCUGCAGAUGACAAUGGCCAGGGCGAGAUUUCCCUCUGGACCCGCACCCUUGGCAACGGCGACCGUGUUGUUGCGCUGUUGAAUGCGGCAAACGUUUCGAUGAGUAUGAAUGUCACGAUCGACGAGGUAUUCUUCGACGAGAGGACCGCGGGCGCGUACCGUGCGCCCCCAGAACUGAGCCAGACAUGGGAUAUUUUUGACCUCUGGGCAAAUCGCAUGAAUGAAACUGAGGCUGCUGCUGUGCUCAACGGUACGAGUGGUGCGAUCCAGGCGAAUAGCACGACAAGAUUCAAUGCUACUGCGACUAGCUAUGCUGAUGGUGUCGCUAGUGGACAUCCUGCGCUUUUGGGUAAGCAGGUUGGCGUCUUGGAGCCGAGUGGAACAUUUACCGCAGAGAUUGCUAGACACUCGGUUGGUGUGUAUAGGCUUCGCUCCCGGGAGGCUGCUUUGAGGAAGAGGGACGAGCUAUGA